AUGUCUGACAUUGACCUUUAUGUUCACCAAUUCUUCGCAGAUGAGCUCAUGGAUGCUUCGCGUGCUAUUGGGUGCCAACACUCUUCGCCACCAACAAAGCUUACUGCGUUGGUGUACUCUCCCUUCACAAACCAGGUCGUGAACUUUCUAUCGCCUGCCAAUCGUGACAUCCAAGUCAUCGUGACAUACUGCAGGCCGAUACAGGCCAUUCUUGCCUACCAUUCCACGCCGUCAUGA